AUGGAGUUUGCUGCUCAUGCGUCAGUCUGUGGCGAAAGUGAUGCCCACCUGCGUCUCUGCCGCGCGGCAGCGGGAGCUGCUUCUCCAACUGGUUCUGACGCGGCAGCUGCCCUUAAGACGCUGUCUGCGAUGCUGCCCUUUCCUUCUGCGGCAGCGUUUCACGCUGCGCUUGUCUCCCGAAGCCUCGUCGACUCUCUGCACGAGCAGCAGAAGCAGCAAACGGAAAGCUGCAGCAGCAGCAACAGCUGCAGCUGCUUAGACUGCGUGGCAAGGCAGCAGCAGCAGCGGCUGCUUGUGGGCUUCGUGCCGCCUCGCCAUGCGCUGCUUUUGCUGCAGCAUCUUGCAGAAACAGCGACUGAGACAGCAGCAGCGGGAGGCUCCACUGCAACUGCUGCAGCCACAACUGCUGCUGCUGCUGCAACUGCUGCUCAGCAGCUGCUGCUGCAGCUAGAGGCGUGUGCUGCUGACAACAAGGAGCGACUCAGCCGCACGGCAUUCUUGUGCGUUUUCAGGAUAUGCAAACCUCCAGCGACAGAGUCACAAGGAGGGGCAGUUCUGCCUUCGGAAGCUCCCCCCGAAGGCGAUGCAGCUACGUCAGCACAAGGCAGAAUGCCUUCGGCAUCAGCUCGAACCGCGUUCAAGGCUGCGCAAGAAGCGCUGGCGAAAGACGUGACUUUGCAAGCGUUUCUCCUCUUUGGCUUUGGGGAUGUUGCUGCGACAGAGCACAGCAGAAUUAGCAGCAGCAACAGAAGCAGCAGCAGGCACCUGACCAGCUGGAGAUGCUUGACAGUUGCCUUGGUAGAAUCUGUGCUGCAGCCUGACUUGAGCAGCCUCCACAAGGCUUCUGCGCUGUGCGGAGGUUCAACUGCCGUUUGUCGCUUACUGCAGAGUCUGCAGCUGCAUCAGGAGGUGCGGGAACGUCGGUCUAUUCGUCUACAGAGGAAGGCUUCGCAGACUGCAGGCAGUGUUAGCAGCAGCAGUUACAACAGCGGCAAGCAGCGCAUGCAGCCUCUCGAUUCCUGCCACGCGAUUGGAGCCAUAGUCAUUUUCGCCGCAACUGAGGCACUCCAGCACCCUGCCGCUGCUGCCCCCUACAAAGUGCUCUCCCACUUCUGUCUGGAGGCUUUGAGGCUGACUGCAGCUGCAGCAGCAGCAAUGCGUCAGAACGGCGUUUCUGCUGCAUCCAAGAGGGCACACGAUGCAGACGCAAAGAUUCAAGCAGCAGCGGCUGUCACGGCAGCAAAGGCUUUGGAAGCUGCAAAAAUGCUUGCUCAGGAGCAGCCACUGUUAAGGAAACAUCUCGCAGUUGCCUUUCACCUCGUGGCACCUGCAAGACCAUCAAUGCCAAUCUGCAACCUACACUUGACAAGGCAAUGCGCUAGCCACACCCUUUCACCACACGCUGCUGCGGCUGCACAGGAAAGGGAGGCUUUUGAGUGUGUUGCGGAGGAGAAGGAAGAAGAAGCGGAGCAGGCAUACCAGCCAAGGCAGCCACACGAACAGCAGCACAGGCAGCCGCAUGAACGGCAGCAAAGGCAGCCGCAUGAACGGCAGCAAAGCCUACACGCUGUGGGGUUGUAUAAGGCAGCAGCUCUACUAGUGUUUGUUAGUCCGUCGCUCGCGCGAAUGCUUUUGCCGCUGUUGUUGCUGUCUGUGCUGAGCAGCGGCGGAGAUGAAACUGCGAGGAAACUUGCUGCUGCGCUUAACCAGCAUGUGUUUCAACCCUUGAGAGGAGCCGAACAUGAGCAGCAGGAGCAGCGUCAGCAGCCAUCGGUGUGGAAGGCGCAGCGUUUGAUAGCGGCAGUCUGCCUGGAGGCUGUCGAGUUCGUGAGGCGUCAGUGCUGCUCUGCCGAUCGCUCGGGAGGAGGAGCUGCAGCUGCAGCAGGUGCAGCUGCCAGUGGGGGAGCGUCUGUCUGCUCUUCUUCGCUGCGCUUCUUACCCCAGCAGUAUCGCCGCUGCCUGAGCACGUUCUGGGAGUCUUUCGACUUCGAGAGCGCAGCUGCUGCGGCGCUUGUCUUAGGUCGUUCUGCAACUGCAGUUUUGUUCGCCGAGCAGCAAAUAAUUCGGCUGUACGGCGACACUGCAGCUCCUCUGCAGCAAGGACGCCUUGCGCUGGUGGCGGAGGCGCAGCAGCAGCAGCAGCAGCAGCAAGGCAGUCUGGCGGCGGCACUGCUGCCUGCUCCGCCCCCGCCUCUGUUGCUGCUGCUGAUUCGCGCGCAUGCAGCUGCAAACGCAGUCGAUGCAGCAGCAGCGCACCGCUGUCUGGAGGCGUGGCACGCUCCUGCAGUGCUGCUGGAAAAAGCGGAGGUGUGCGGGGAUGCUUUGGAUUCCUUGUCGCUCAUAAACGUGCAGCGCGAGACAGCGCUCGUGCAGCAGCUAUCCACGCCUUGCCAAGUCUCCCUUCGCACGGAGACGCUCGGAAAGGCGCUCCCUCCUGCGCUGUCUGCCGAGACAGCAGCCGCUAUUCCACAAGCGCUGACACGACUAGGGCUGCAUGGUCUGCUGAGCGACUUUUUGGAGAAGGGGAAUUCUCUCCCUCUUCCGAUGCUGCUCUCGGCAGCCUGCGCGCAAGCCACCGUCUCCACAGGAACGUCUGCGUGGAUGCAGCACAAAGCCGCAUGUCUGUGGCGUCUGAGACUCUGGAAAGACGCUUUGCAGUCUGCUCCUGCCACUGGUGCUGCUGCUGCUGCUACUAUCGACCGCGCAGAAGCCGCGUUUGGAGAGACUGAUCGCAAGAUCCCCCCCUCGAAUGCCUUGCUGCUGCUCAGCAGCAGCAGUCUGCCUCGAGGCGAAAAUGCAGCUUCCCACCUUUCUGCCGCAUUAGUUCUGCAGCAGCACGCCGUGCAAAGUCUACGACAGGGAGCCUCACCUCGUGCUGUAGCUGCGCUGCAUCGCGCCGCAGCAGCAGCCGCUGAAAGAUCCCUCAAGGCUGCUUUGCAGCAGCUGCAAGAUGGCCAUGUGCUCACAGAACCUGCGGAGGAGGCUAUGCGCAAUCUCUUGCAGUUGCGCAUGAUGCGCGCUGGAUCGGCUGCUGUUGCUGCAGAGCGUUCUGCGUGCCUCGCGCUGCUGCAGCACGAGUGGCAACACGAUCUGCUGGCAGCAGUUGGUGCGAGAUUUGCAUCUUCCGAGAAGGCUUUUGCUGACUUCAUCGAGCCUAUGGGAGCACUUCAGGUGGCUGCGCUUAGCGCGUGUCAGAGGGAAUGUUUCGCAGGUGCAGCAGCAGCGACAGCAGCAGCGUCUGAGGAAUCCAGGGAAGACGAGAAUGUAUUUGCUGCAGCAGCAAUUGCGCGGCACAUGCGAACUCUUGGAAGCGCUGCCAGAGACUGCGGCGCCUUGAGGCACAGUCGCCACUGGCUCCUGCUAGCUGAGAAGACACUGCAGUGCCAGCUGCAGCAGCUGCAGGAGAAGCUGUCCAUGCAUUCUCUGCAGCGCCAGUCUAUGCAACAGCAGCCUGUGAGCCAACAGCCCAUGGAUCAACAGCCUCUGCACCACCAGGAUUUCCCACAAGUGCAUGCGCUCCUGUGUUGCGAUCUUUUUGUGACGGAGUGGGAGGUUGCGAAGACGUUGCAUGCCGCUGGCGAUGUCUACAGAGCGCUUCAUCUGGCUCGCCGUCUUUGCCAAUCGUCGGCAUGGCCCUUUAGCUUCAAGCAGCUGCUGCACACCCCCCCUCCUGCGACGGCGGCUCCCUCUGCGCAGCAGCCUUCCUCCGCGACAGCGGCAGCGGCUGUGGGAUUUUCGGUCCGACGAGCGGAGUUUCUGUCCGCCCUCUGGGAGGAAGAAGCGCGAAAAGGAUUCUUUUCUCUGGCAGUGGCUGUGGCGCCCUUUGUCUCUUCGGUGGCUCCGCAUCAGCGACUCGCUCAGCUGCUGGAUAAAACCAUGGAGGCGCUGCCUGUGAGUGCUUCGGAUCUGCAGGGAGAAGACGUUCUGCUUCAGCAGCAACAGCAACAGUUGCUGCUGCAGCGGAGAAGGAGACUCGCCGCAGACGCCGUAGCCCUCUACGCCCACUGUCUUCGCGACAGCAAUCUGCCGCACGCAGCGCGCACCACUGGCCGUCUGCUGUCUCUCUGGUUCUCCUACGGAGCCUCAGUGCCUCAAAUCAGCCUUUCGAUUCGGAGAGCUCUCGCCUCCGAGGAAGCCUCCGCUGCAGCGGCUGCUGCAGAGGCUGCAGGGGGUGCCUCGCCUGUGGAGGACGAGCUGGAGGUGGAUGUGAGCUUCCUCGGCACUGGCGUCACACGGCCUAAGGUUCUUAAGUCGGUGUCUCUGAGCGGGCAAGUACAUCGAGAAGUCUGCAAGCAAGACGACUUGAGGAGAGAUCGCGUCGCCGAGCAGCUUUUCGCCCUUCUGAAUCAUGCGUUUGCGGCGGCUGCAGCCUCCAAAGAUGCAGCUCCAGCUGCAGCGCUCAGUCUCAGUACUUACGCAGUAAUCCCUUUUUCGCCUUUCUGCGGCGUGCUGGAGUGGGUAGAUGACGCUGUUACACUGGGUGAGUAUCUCGUGGGAUCUGGAGGAGGCGCAGCAGCAAAUCGGCUUCUAGAGGCUUUUGAGGAGGUGUGUCGCAAUUUCCGCCCUGUUCUCUCACAUUUCUUCCUCGAAGCCUCCCCUUCAGCGUCUGUCUGGUUUGCUCGGCGUCUUUGCUACCGUCGCUCGCUCGCUGCAGCCUCUAUCGUUGGCUUUGUUGUGGGGCUUGGAGAUCGCCACCUCAACAACAUUUUGCUGGAUAGAGAGACGGGCGCCUUCAUUCACAUUGACUUCGGAGUGAUGUUCGACCUGGGAACGCUUCUCCCCAUUCCAGAAACCGUCCCCUUUCGUCUCACCAGAGACAUCCUCGACGCCUUGGGGUGUCUUGGCACGGAGGGACCGUUCAAGGAAGACUGCUGCCUUGCUCUACAGCUUCUGCGGCUCAACGCACCCCUCGUGAUCUCCGUGCUCGAAGUGCUGCUGCUAGAUCCUCUCUAUGCGUGGAGGAAAGUCGACAAGACGUAUCGUGCAUGCAUGCAGGUUCGAAGCAAGCUUCAAGGAUUCGACAGAGAAGGGGAGGCCCCCUUGUGUAUAGCUGCGCAUGUCGACCGACUUCUUAACACAGCGCAAAAUCCGGAGAACCUCUCACGCCUCUUUGCUGGCUGGAUGGCUUGGGCAUAG